AUGUUGUUUACCGUUUUUGACAUUAUUUCAGAUCUGCAAUUUCCAACUCUUCCAAAUCAAUUGAAUUUCCUAGAACCAAAAGAAAAAUUUGCAGUUGUCGCUCCUGUUAAAUAUGUUGCAUGGUUAGAACCACCAUUAUUUGUUGCUGAUAGUAUAGCCAGAGAAAUAGGGAAAUCAGUUGGGGUUAUCAAUAAAGAUUCUUUUCCGAUUGGUGUUAGUGGUGGUUUUGACAACAGGGAUACACAAAGUUUAUCACUGGAAGAGCUUUUGAGUUUUGAUGAUUCACCUUAUUUACAAGUUUACUCAUUAAAUAGUAAAUCUUGUUGCACAAGUUCCAAAAGAAUUGAUCGUUUACCUUUCACAAAUCCUGUUCAAAUUUACAGAAUAUUAAAGUUAUUGCGCCAACAACUUGUUUACAAUACAUUGUUUCAAAGUUGUUUCAAUUCUUUUACAUAUAAACCUUCUCAACCCAAACAAAAUAGAAUGGACGUUGAUGUUGAAGGAGUUUCAUCAAGAAAAUUGGAAAUAAGGUUUAAUGUAAUAGAUCCACCAAACAAGUUUUCAAUAAGUUUCCAAUCAACUAAUCUUGCGUCAUCAUCAUUUAUAUUUUUACAAAUUACCAUACAACAAGAUUCACGGUUAUUGGUUACAUCCCAAUUAACUAGUAAUGUUGGUGAGACAAUACUGGAUGACAAAAAAUUAACAAAAGUUUUAGAAAUUUGUCAAAACAUACCAAUGUUGAUUGAAUGGGUUCUCAAGGCUUUAGAUAAAAGGUUUGGAGAACAAUAUAGCCACCAAUGA